AGAUAACAAACAUUCGGAGGAACCAGAUUUGUUUGUCAGCAUAUGCAGUAGUUAAGCCUUGGCGCAUUGAGGGAGACAAAAUUCCUACACAAUCUGUACAUCACAAUUCUAGUGAAGUAUUGGCGUGAUUCGUUUGUCAUUAUGGAUAAUAUUAUCUUUGGAUUAUCUCUGGUGCCGCUGUUGAUGAUUAGAGAUGUUGAUUUAUGCAAUACUCAAGCUAUUGGCCAGUGUGCACAAAAUGCUGACUUGUCGGUACUGAAAGAUCCCCAGAAAUCUUGUCUAGAAUGGAAGAAAUAUGAAGAAUGUACCUCACCAUUUGCAGAGGCAUGCGCAGAUAAUCCAACGUAUAUAAACUUCAACAACAGAAUGAAUCUUUUCCGAACAACUUGUGGAGGAUCUGCCAGUGAAUCAUGUGACAUCAUGGGUCUUCAGAAAUGUAUGAGUGUGGUUGAAUCCUCUCAGAGCGAAGGCAGCGGCCCAGAGGAAACCUGCAAAUUAUACCCAAAGUUUCGGGAAUGUGUAGACCCUUUACAAAGAGGCUGCGAGGAUAACAACCAACAAUAUCAAAACAUCAAGGACAGCAUAUUUCGCUAUGACAAGCUUUGUGGUGGUCCAGUUAAUGGUCAAUGUAACAUGCAGGGCGUUAGCGCGUGCAUGCCAAGUGGACAACCUUCAACGGACAACCAGUGCGAAAUGUUCAGAACUUUGCAGACCUGUCUGGAACCAUUUAAAGCUGGCUGCGAAUCGGACUCCACCUUCCAAACAAUGAUGGCCGGAUUUGCCCAACUAGGCCCGCUAUGCGGCGGUUCGUCUGGUUCUUCUGGUGGCGAUGGACAAUGUGACAUGGUAGGAGUUGGUAAAUGUAUGGAGGGUGUUCAGUUACCUUCACCUGACACAAAAGAUCUGCAGACGGCAUGCGCAUCGUUUAAUGAGGUACUAACAUGUAUUAAGCGAUAUGAAAGUGAUUGUGCAUCACUACAGGCCUUCCAGCAAGCCAAAGGAGCUAUUGACGCUGUAACACCAUUUUGUGCCGGUGGUGCAGCCUGCAAUCCAAUGAAAUGCUUUACCGAUGCUGGACUUGACAUCAGUAGCAAUAGUAUGCCCAACCUCACCUGUGAUGUUAGCCAACAAGUAAAGAAGUGUAUGGACUUGCUGAGCGCUGCAUGCGAAGGAAACGCAUUAUACCCAACUCUUGUCCAGGCUAUUAAGAAAGAAGAACAGGCUUGCAGUCAGAAAGGUCCAGUUAAUGGUCAAUGUAACAUGCAGGGCGUUAGCGCGUGCAUGUCAAGUGGACAACCUUCAACGGACAACCAGUGCGAAAUGUUCAGAACUUUACAGACCUGUCUGGAACCAUUUAAAGCUGGAUGCGAAUCGGACUCCACCUUCCAAACAAUGACUGCCGGAUUUGCCCAACUAGGCCCGAUAUGCGACGGUUCGUCUGGUUCUUCUGGUGGUGAUGGACAAUGUGACAUGGUAGGAGUUGGUAAAUGUAUGGAGGGUGUUCAGUUACCUUCACCUGACACAAAAGAUCUGCAGACGGCAUGCGCAUCGUUUAAUGAGGUACUAACGUGUAUUAAGCGAUAUGAAAGUGAUUGUGCAUCACUACAGGCCUUCCAGCAAGCCAAAGGAGUUAUUGACGCUGUAGCACCAUAUUGUGCCGGUGGUGCAGCCUGCAAUUCAAUGAAAUGCUUUACCGAUGCUGGACUUGACAUCAGUAGCAAUAGUAUGCCCAACAUCACCUGUGAUGUUAUCCAACAAGUAAAGACCUGUAUGGACUUGCUGAGCACUGCAUGCGAAGGAAACGCAUUAUACCCAACUCUUGUCCAGGCUAUUCAGAAAGGAGAACAGGCUUGCAGUCAGAAAGUUUGUGAUUUCCAGGCCUGUAACAUCGAUCACACUUUCCCAAUCGGUGUUCCCAGUAAAAUGGAAUACGAGAGAGGAUGCACUACAAUGAACAAUGCUAUCGCUUGUUUGAAAACUAAAUGUCCUGGAGACAAAAUGGUGGAAAGCGUGAGUAUGGGAUACGACAAGUUCUGCAAGGACUCCAGUAUCAAGACAGGACUAGCUACCUAUAAAGAUUGUCUUGCUAGCACAACUGUUAACCAGGACUGUCAGAAGCACUUCACACCAGAUAUGCAAGGUGGGAAGGAGGAGAGCGAGGAGGAGGAGUGUCAGAGAAUAGCCAUGUAUUCCAUGUGUGCGAAGAAAGCCGUGUCUAAAUGUGACAGUGAAGGGGCUGAGGCGUUCACAUCUGAAACUGCCAGAAAAAUUAUCACUCUUAAAACAAAACGUGAGGGCGGAAUCAAGUGUUCAACUGGUGGCGCUCCUUCAACAAUGCCGGCUCUGUGGACUCUGCUGUCUGCCGCUCUGGUCACUUUAGCCGCCAUUUUAUAAAACCAACCUACCUCUUGUAUUGUGGAUGAAUACAGAACAUUCCAGUGGAGCGUGAAUCACUCGGUGUGGACCGCAUUAUCACUAGCAACACUAACCCCGUCUCUAUACCGGAAAUCACGUGUUAUUGGGUUGGAAAAGACUGUUUAUAUCAUUGGAGAAACGGACUGAGACACGUGACACAUGUUUUGUGUUUAACAUUAAGUAGUAAAACAUAUUUUUGAUUUAACAGAUUUGUUAACGGUAUUUCACGCUUGCCUCGACCAGAACGUUUUGUAUUUUUAUUAUCAAGAGUUUACGUAAAAUUAGAAGACGAGGAUGAUUCUUAAGAACCAGCAGAGGAAAUUCUAAACCAUCAUCUACAUUCUACAAGUGAUUGAUUUCUAUGCUAAGUGUAGUGUAUUUGUAUGCGUUUGUGUAUAGAUUGGUAUGCAAUCUUUAAGUGCUUUUUUUUUUAAGUAUAGUACGUUUUGUAAUGAAUGGAUUUUUGAAUGUU